ACGGGUUAUGUUACAUUUCUUGCUUUAAUCAUUCAUUUACUAAAAGACGACUUGGCCGUAACUAAUUUCACCAUGAAGGUUCUUAUUGUAUGUCUGCUUGCUGUCACUUUUGUUUCGUCAGCUGUGGUUAACCAGGACAAGAGAAGACAAAUUUUUGGCAUUUGUGCUGAGAUGUGUGGUGCCGGUUGUCCCCCUGGAACUGUCUGCGAGUCUAACGGAUGUGGACACACCUGCCAGCCAAUCACAACUGCUGUCAAAAGAAAACGUUGUGUGAUUAUUCAUUUAUGUUUUGACAAUUGUCCGUUCGGCUUUUCUACAGCACCGGACGCAUGUCCAUGCACUUGUAACGAUACACCUCCUUUUAAUAUUUUGAUUGGUUAAGAACUUCCAGUGACAAAUACAGUGUGUUUGUCACUAACACUUCUACUGUUGUCAUAUCGUCCGUGCGUUGAACUUGUCACGACCUUUAUUAAAGUAACGUAAAUAAAGUUGUCCACAGUUCAAUAAAGCCAGUGGCCAUACAAAAUACAA